CUGUAUUUAUGUUAUGUGAGGACAUGAUUUGAGGAGGGGAUCCAUCUUGGUGGGUAAACUAACUUCUUAUGUUUGGAUUGCUGUUUGUGUCUUUAGCCGGUGUUGGAGUGUGUAGUGCAAAGGGGGUUAGUGUACAACAAGGUGAACCACCUCUUCCAUCACUGGCGAGUAGAGGAUCGAAAGUUUGGCCUUACGUUCCAGAGCACUGCCGAUGCCACCUCCUUCGAGAAAGGCCUGCAGACUGUCAUAGACAAACUCGACAGAGGUUCUGACUCGCCCUCGUCCUCCACACCAGAAGAAGCUGACACCGAGGAUGACGGUCAAGCUCCUCUGCCAGUCCCAUACAGGAAGUGACUCGUCAUCCAACAGCAGAAAGGAAAUGCUUCCCAAACCCAUCACCAUAGUGACGAGCGAGUCGUCGUCUCCCUGCUUUGUGCGGCCUGAGGAGUUUAGUUUUGGAUCCAGCCAUGCUGUCACCACUCAGACACCUGCUCAGAUCCACACCAGGCCAGGACAGCACCAGCUUUCACAAAUGACAGCUGUGUUGAAUCCCCCAGCGCCCCCGCCCCCACCUCCCGCUCCACCUACUCCACCUGUGGGUCCCCCAGCCUCAUCUCCUCUGUCCCCCCUCUCACCUAACAUUUCCCUGCUGGAGGAGGGAGACCUGCGCAGUGUGGACCCUUGCAAAGACCUGUGGUGUUCUCGUGGUUAUGGGGAUUACAGAGAGGCAGGGGCGACCAGGACUAUGGUAGGGGGGCUGACCGGAGGUGUGGUUGUUGGGGGUGGAGGGAGUCUGCAGGACAAGUCAGAGCUGUGCGUGGUUCGCUUUGAGAAGGAGCUGGCAAGUGUGGGGACGGCAGGCUGUGACAUGACAGUGACCCUGGACAGUAAAGCUUCCCAGCGUCUGUCCUCAUCAUCGCCCACCUGUACGUCCAUUCCCAAUGCUGUGUCAGGUGUGUCCUCAGGUGCUGGCUCACCCCAGGAGACAGGCAAAGGCUCACCCUCUCCCUGCUGCAUCCACACCUCACUGGCCACGCCCCGGUCACGGACUCGUAAGAGAGGAGGAGGGGCCAGCAGCAGUGGCGACCCGGGGGUCAUCUCCCCUGACGACGACAGCCCCUGUCCUCAGGCUUCAUCGUCAUGCUCCUCUCGCUGUGUGUACUGCCGCUCUGUUUUCAGCGCGUCAGAGAACGGGCGGGGCCGCUGCAGAGAUGCCCCAGACCCGGCCCUGCACUGCCUGCGCCAGUGGACCUGUGUGUGGUGUGCAGAGAGUCUGCUCUACCACUGCAUGUCGGACUCCGAAGGAGAGUUCUGGGAGCCUUGCUCGUGUGAUGACUCGAUGGGGGGCCACCCACACCCCCUUUGCUGUGCCCGCUGGUUGGCCCUCUUGGCCCUGUCGCUCUUCGUGCCCUGCAUGUGCUGCUACCUGCCUUUGCGCGCCUGCCUGCGGUGUGGCGAGAGGUGUGGCUGCUGUGGGGGAAAGCACAAGGCGGUCCGAUGA